UUUGUUGACAAUUGUACGACACCCGAAACUGAACACAUCGCUUAGACAGACGUACAUAGAGUGAUGACUGUGUUCCAAACGAAGAAUCGCCCAUCCUGGCAGCUCUGGCUGGGUGCAUUGCCACGGAAGGCACCUGGGCUAAUCCUGCGCCACUACAAGCACAAGCCCGCCUUCCGGCCCACCACUCAGGAUCGCAGCACUGAGAGGCGGGAUUGUGUGAGGAGCCGGUUGCUGGACACGCGCAACAAGAUCCUGGGUCUGCUGCAGCGCUUCGAGAAGGUGGACUCCAUUGUGGAGGAGUCGCGCCGCAGACGCAAUCCCUUCCACCUCGUGGCUUCGAUGGCGAUGGCUUACGAGGAUAUCGAGACUCAUAUGCUGGAUGGCAUUCUGGGUUGGUCCGAUCUCGAGGACACCGACGAUUGCUUCAAAAUGUAGGAGCACACCGACCAACGGAACUCACACACACUGGAUGGGCAGUUGAAAUGCCGAAAUAAAUACCGGGAAUCCCAAUUUG